AUUUCAAAUCUCACGCCAAAAAAGAAAAAACGAACAGAUAUUCUCUACCGCAACGAAGAUGAUCGGUACUCUAAAAGCCGAAGAAGCGAGUCAGCUGCAGCUGGUGGAGCGAGAAGAUAUCGACGAUGAAGAGGAUUUGUUUGAAGCCAUUGACAAAUUGAUAACUGCAGGAAUCAAUGCCGGAGACGUGAAAAAGCUUCAAGAUGCAGGGAUCUACACUUGUAACGGAUUGAUGAUGCAUACUAAGAAGAACUUGACUGGAAUCAAAGGUUUAUCUGAAGCUAAGGUCGAUAAGAUCUGUGAAGCAGCAGAGAAGAUAGUGAACUUUGGUUAUAUCACUGGAAGCGAUGCUCUACUAAAAAGAAAAUCUGUGAUUCGCAUCACAACUGGAAGCCAAGCCCUUGAUGAACUGUUAGGCGGAGGGAUAGAAACUUCGGCUAUUACAGAAGCUUUUGGAGAAUUUAGGUCCGGCAAAACUCAGCUAGCACAUACUCUAUGCGUUUCCACACAGCUUCCUACAAACAUGCGUGGAGGGAGUGGAAAAGUUGCUUACAUUGAUACUGAAGGAACUUUCCGGCCGGAUCGAGUUAUACCAAUAGCAGAAAGAUUUGGGAUGGAUCCAGGAGCUGUUCUUGACAAUAUCGUUUAUGCUCGAGCCUACACAUAUGAGCAUCAGUACAAUCUGCUUCUGGGUUUGGCAGCAAAAAUGUCUGAAGAACCAUUCAGACUUCUGAUUGUGGAUUCUGUUAUUGCUCUUUUUCGAGUAGAUUUCACCGGGAGAGGAGAACUUGCCGAGCGCCAGCAAAAAUUGGCUCAGAUGCUUUCCCGAUUGACAAAAAUAGCUGAAGAAUUCAAUGUUGCGGUUUACAUGACCAACCAAGUUAUUGCCGACCCUGGGGGUGGAGUGUUUAUAUCAGACCCAAAGAAACCAGCCGGAGGGCAUGUGCUAGCACAUGCAGCCACGAUAAGGUUGAUGUUCAGAAAAGGCAAAGGUGAACAGCGCGUGUGCAAGGUGUUUGAUGCUCCAAAUUUGCCAGAAGCUGAAGCAGUCUUUCAGAUAACACCAGGAGGAAUUGCAGAUGCAAAGGACUAG